AAUGUAAUAGGUUAUGUUAAAACUAGCAUAACCUAAAAGUUAUGUUGUUUAAAAUGGGAAUUUGUAGUUGACUAAUUUAUUUAUUUAUUUGAAUAGUUACCUUCAUAUUGGAACAAGAUGCAAGUUUCCGAUCCAAAUAAUAUAAAAAUAUACAAUUUGAGCGCUGGUAAAUCUUUACCAGAGUGGUUGUCAGAGAAAAAGAGAAGGGCGCUCUUGAAAAAAAAUGUGGACAUCAGAAGACGUAUUGAACUCAUUCAAGACUUCGACAUGCCCGAUAUCAGUAACAGCGUAAGAGUUUCCAGAGAUGGACAAUAUAUUUUAGCCACUGGUAUAUAUAAACCUAGAGUGAAAUGUUUUGACGUGAAUAAUUUAUCAUUGAAAUUUGAGCGAUGUUUUGAUUCUGAAGCAGUAACAUUUGAAGUACUAAGUGAUGAUUAUAGUAAGUUAGUGUUCCUGCAAAAUGAUCGAUAUAUAGAGUUUCAUGCUUCCUUCGGGCGGCUUGAGAGAUUGCGAAUACCCAAAUAUGGGCGUGACUUUCAGUGUCAUUACCCUAGUUGCGACCUUUUUAUUGUGGGAGUAUCUCCAGACAUUUACCGAUUGAACUUGGAAAGGGGGCAGUUUAUGACUCCCUACACAAGUGGUGCAUUCGCCAUCAAUAAAUGCACAAUAAAUCCUGUGCAUCAUUUGCUGAUUUGCGGCACUGAGGAAGGAAGAGUAGAAGCGUGGGAUCCAAGAAGUCCAUCGAUGGUAGCCAGCCUAGAUUGUGCUUUUGCGUGUGUCAAUGAAUCAAAAGGGUUGGAACGUUUCCCAUCAAUAUCAGCUUUAAAAUUCAAUGGUGCUUUACAGAUGGGUGUUGGUACAGAAUCGGGCCACAUACUUCUUUACGAUAUACGAUCUAACAAACCAUUUUGUGUGAAAGACCACAUGUACGGUUUGCCCAUUAAAGAUAUCGAAUUCCAUUACCAGCAGGAUCUGGUAUUUUCAAUGGACAGUUCGGUCUUGAAAAUAUGGGAUAAAAAUAAUGGUAAAGCGUAUACGUCUAUAGAGUCGUCGGCAGAUUUCAACAAUCUCUGUACUGUUCCCAAUACAGGCCUCCUAUUUAUCGCAAAUGAAGGUGCAAAAAUUCAGACGUAUUACAUUCCAAGCAUGGGGCCUGCUCCUAAAUGGGCCAGCUUUUUGGAUUCACUAACAGAAGAGCUAGAAGAAAGUAGGGCUGAAAAUGUAUAUGAUGAUUACAAGUUUGUGACAAAACAAGAAUUGACCAACCUUGGGCUGGACCAUCUUGUCGGAACGAAUAUUUUGAGAGCGUAUAUGCACGGAUAUUUCAUGGAUGUGCGAUUAUAUAAAAAGGCGAGGUCAGUGGCCAAUCCAUUCGAAUUCCAAGAGUACCGGAAAAAGAAGAUACGAGAAACGAUUGAGAAAGAACGGGCGAAUAGAGUACAAGUAAACAAGUUACCGAGCGUUAACAAAGAACUUGCUCUCAAACUCAUGGAGGAAGCUGACCAAAAUAAAAAGAAGAAGGAAGGAGCUGCUUCUUUACUCAAAGAUAAUAGGUUCAAGGCCCUGUUUGAAAAUCCCGACUUCGAAAUCGAUAAAAAUUCUGAAGAGUAUCGGUUGCUGAAUCCAGUUUUAUCAAAGUUGGAUAAAGACAAGUCGAAAAAGUUGAAGCAGAAGUUAGUUUCACAAGAAUUUGAACCGGUAGAGGAGGAACUGGAGGGAAAAAAUAGCUCUGAUGAAUCUGAGGAUGAUGAUUCUGGCCAAGAGGAUAGUUCUGAUGAUGAUCACACCUGGACAAAAGAGGUCAAACAACAGCACCGCAUCAUAAAGAGAGAACAAUGGCAAAAAGAGUUGAAAGAAAAACAUGAAGCCGAUAGAAAAGAAGAAGAAGAAAGAACUAGGCAACCAAAAUUAUAUGAACUAAGACAGGGAGAAGAGUUCAAGGGAAUACACAGCCUUAAGAAAAAAAUGAAUAGGGCUACUUUAGGUGAAAGAGUUUUAGCUGAAGAUAAUUCAGUUCGGUUUGUCAGUUCAGUGGGAAAUCGAGAAAUGACUUUUUCAACUUAUAAGAAGAAGAAUAGGUCCAUGGAUGAAAGGAAUAGAAAACACAGAGAAGAGCGGAAGCAAGUAGUAAGACCGCUUCGAGGUAUCAAGUCGAAAUCCAAAACGAAUUUUUUUAACCGUAAAAGAAAGUGAUUAUAUUGAAUAUAUUUAAAAAAAGUUA